CUCCAGUGCUGGCAGUGACUGCAGGUGCUUCAGGAAUAGGCAGACAGGUCUGGGUGCAGCUGUUGGAUGAGGAUGGCUGGACACUGGUGUCUCGUCCCCCCCAUUCGAGGCUUGCUGCUCUGCAUCUUGGCUCUGCAGCUCUGUCUUCAGGACUCUCUUGCCACAGCAGCACAAAACACAGCUGCCAGUACCAUGGUGGUGGCCACCAAGAACAUACCAGUGGCCACCAAGAACACCUCAGCAGCCACCAAGAGUGCCUUGGUAGGGGCACUGACCACCAAGGAGGCCUCAUUGGUGGCUGUGACCACCAAGAAUACUUCAGUGGUCACCCAGAAUGCUGCAGUGGUGGCAGUCACCAAGAAUGCCAUGGUGGUGGCUGCCACCAAGAAUGCUGCAGUGGUGGCCACUGCCAACACCUUGAUGGCCACCAAGAAGUCUUCAAUGGUGCCUGUGACCACCAAGAACACUUCAGUGGCCACCCAGAAUGCUGCAGUGGGGGCAGUCACCAAGAAUGCUGCAAUGGUGGCCACUGCCAACACCUUGAUGGCCACCAAGAACGCAUUGGCAACCACCAAGGGCACCUCAGUGGAGGUGGUCACCAGCAAUGCCUCUCUGGCAGCCACCCACACCUCUCUGAAGGUUCCAGAAGAGACAAUGCAAACCUGCCAGAGCUUCCAGUGCUCCGGAGAGAGGUGCUACCAGGAUGCAGCCCAGGCCAAUGGAACAACCACCUGCCAGCAUGAGACCUACUGUGAGCUUUAUCGUUUCUCCAGCACGAACUACACAGCCAGAUGUGCCCGUGGGUGUGGUGCAGAGCCCUGCAGGAGCAAUGGCAGUGUGAGCAGGCAGCAGUGUGCCCUGGAGUGCUGUGCUGGCCCUCUCUGCCUGCAGCUCAAUGCCACUGCCUACGGUGACCUUCCACCCACCACCACCACCACUGUGCCACCCACGACCACCAGCACCCCUCGGCCUCCCCCCCAAAAUGGAAAAGUGUGUGCAGCAUUUUCCUGUCACGGGGACCAGUGUUUCAAAGGCAGGAAGACCAUCUCUAGAUGCAUUUUGGGGCAGGACUUCUGUGAGAUGAAGAAGACAGGCUCGAAUUUCAUGGCAGGAUGCAGCAAAGCCUGCAAGGCUGCCAAACCAGUCUGUGCUGGUGGGAUGAAGGCUGCCUGUUACCAGGAGUGCUGCCCAGCCACCCCAAAAGCCAGCUGUCUGAAACUGGAUGGCAAAGUCCACGUCAACAGUGCUGGGCAGGUGACACUGGCCCCACUCUUGAAGGUCAUGGCAUGUGGGGUGCUCCUUCUCCUGAAUUACAGGGUCUCCACUUCUCUCUGGGGUUAGGCAGGGCAGCAGUCACAGCUCCACAGCCUCUCCUGUAGGAUCAGUAGGAUCCUGUUGCUCUCUGCCUUCAGCCAAGGUUGCAAACACCCUCUGUACUGUCCCUCCCAUCAACAAGGUGCCCAGGGCCCCCUCCAUCUGCUCAUGGGCAGCUGCACACCCUUGGGCACACCUUUGCUUGCCCUGCACAGGACCUUGCUGCUGUUCCUAAACUCCCCCUUAAGCUGCACUCUGAAUCCUGCACCUUCCCAGCAUGGGUGAGUCCUGGCAUUUCAGUAAAUUUUAAACACUUGACAACAAGAUUCCCCCUGUGUAUGCAGAGGAAAAGCAUUUAAUCUGUGCACUUAGUAAGCUACAUCAAGAGAUUCUACCCUACCCUGUCCAAAUCCUGUAGGCCUGAGAGCUCUGCAAGCUAAUUGUGGAUCCUGGGGGUGGUGCAGUGUUUGUGCUGCUGGAAUGGGGGACCUCAGGAGCUGGGACAAGAGGGUUUUAGGCCUCCUUAAAACCCAGAAAAUUCUGCAUUGACUGAGGCACAGGGGCUGCUCUAAUGGAUGACCUGCUUGUGGCACAGUCUGCUUCACCCCCUCUGACCUGUUAGUUUCAAACAGGUCUUUUGCUUCUUGCCCAUGUAUGUAAAAUAGUAACUUUACUUUUCAUCUCCCAGUCUUAGGCAGGGAAGUGGGAUUAAUCUAAGAGCCUCUCAUGUUUUAGAUGAUUCUGUUUCACAUCUGUGGUUCUCUAUUGCUAAAGGCAGAGCCCAGAGGUGAGCACACAGAGCACAGGUGGAGCUGGCCAGGCAGAAUUACCUGGAGUCAAACACACAUGCACAGGGCUGUUCCCUGCCACCACCGGCUCCUUAGAGAAAAGAUUGCAAACUAUUAAAAUCUUUGUGUCAGCC